CGGACCAACGGCCGAGACCACAUGUUUGUGGCCUCCCAUGAUUACGGCGCUUGCUUUCAUGCAAUGGAGGACGUGGCUAUCGCCGACGGAAUUCCUGAGUUUUUGCGGCGAUCGAUUCUGCUGCAGACGUUCGGGGUGACCUCGCCGCACGUGUGCCAGGAAGCGGAGCACGUGCUGAUACCGCCGUACAUACCGCCGGGGAUUCUCCGAUCUCCGCCUCCGGAGACGGCGAGGAGGGACAUUUUCGUCUUUUUCCGGGGGAAGAUGGAGGUUCAUCCCAAAAACAUCAGCGGACGUUUCUGCAGCAAGUAAUUAAAGAGUCGAUCCUUAAUUAAUGAACUAGUCCAUGUAAAUUUUCAUAAAAGCCCUUCCUAAUUUAAGCAGGGCUUCGUGGCUCGUCGUACCUGUGUAUCUUCCCAAAUUACU